AGUUUUAUUAUAUCAACUAAUAUGUACUUAUUACUAAAGAAUAUCUGCAUCUUUUAAAACAUAAUAUAUUAAUACGCUUAUGUAAGUUGUUUUCUUUUUUUCAAUUCCCUCGCGAAGCAUCACCUUUGGAUCGCCAUUUUGUUUGAAUAAUUCAGCAUGAAUGAGAGGCUAAACACACAUGUUUCCCCUGACGUAGCACAAUGGUGAGAAAAUCAAAACAAAACGCCCUAGCCCGUUAAAGGAUAGACCGGAACAAAAAAUCUUAUUGACUUAUUUUAUUUUCGUUUAUUAUUUUUUAAGUCAGUUAAUACCCCCGUGUAGCAUAUAUUCGGAAAUGUGUUAUAAAUAAUUUAUCAGAUUUCACAGGUUCUGUUAUUAUUCGCUAAAGGCGCUUCGCUGAAGAUAAAAUUUAAAGAUCAAAAUGUAAAAGAGGCUGCUUCAGCGCGACAUUACGCAAUUUCCCCUCGAAAGCAAACUAAAUAACAUUUUUGUUUCUUUUUGUGAAACAACUCUGAACGGAGAAAGGUCGAAAAACUUGCUGCUAGUAUGGUCUACUGUUCGGCGUACGGUUGUAAAAACAACAUUAAGUCAAACAAAGAUAAAAGCUUCUUCCUAAUGCCUAAGAAUCCUGGAGUUAGCAAAUCCUGGAUUGCCGCAAUUAACAGAACAAAGCUGCCAGCUAAAGUAUUUCUAUGCUCUGACUGUUUUGAAGAAACCUGCUUUGACCCAAGCUGGAAACUUCAGAAUGAAUUAUUUUAUAAAGAUCGUCCUUGCAAACGGCGGUUUAUUCCAAAUUCUGUGCCGACAAUUUUUUGUCAUAAGACUGCCCCUAAGGAACGUACAUCCUCCACAUCGCGAGCCAAACGAAGUCAAUCUAAAGACUUGGUGAAGUCAGCCUUGGUUGAAGAUUCUGAGCAAUUAUGUUUAAUCGAUAAUGAAGUUGAAUUUGAAGUUGAAUCCAAAUUAUUAAUUGGAAUACAGGCCAUACCAAAAACACAAACGAGUGCAACCCAGUAUAAAGAUACGUCAGUACGAAGUACAUGUACACAAACGUCGUGUUCUGUAGCAGAUGCGCAAACGCAAACCCAAGUAGCUGUUGUACAUGCUUCUUGUCAAACUGAAAAUGAAACGGACACAGAUAACGAUUCAAAUUGUACUGAUUCCUCAUUUAAUUCCGAUUUGGAUGACGUGAACCUACAAAGCGCAGCAGCAGCUCUGAACAGUACAUUCAAUAUCCUACAUAAAGGUAAAUAUUUUCUUAUACGUGCACGAAUUUACAAUGAAAAAAUUAUUAAUGAAGGAACUGUUUAUAUCGUUUUUCUUCAUUUAAUACUUCAGGUAAUAUAA